UUUGUGCUUCGACGCCGACGGUAUCUUCUGAAAAACCUUAGGAGAGAGUAAAACUUGAGCUGCUCGAAAAUGGUUCAGCGGCUCACCUACCGUACACGCCACAGCUACGCCACCAAGUCCAACCAGCACCGCGUGGUCAAAACCCCCGGAGGGAAGCUUUUGUAUCAGACCACCAAGAAGAGAGCUAGUGGCCCCAAGUGUCCUGUUACUGGAAAGAGAAUUCAAGGGAUUCCCCACUUGAGGCCUGCCGAAUACAAGAGGUCUAGAUUACCUAGAAACCGGAGAACUGUGAACCGUGCUUAUGGUGGGGUGCUGUCUGGAAGUGCCGUCAGGGAAAGGAUCAUUCGAGCCUUUUUGGUCGAAGAGCAAAAGAUUGUGAAGAAGGUCUUGAAGAUUCAAAAGGCAAAGGAAAAGCAAUCAUCCAAGAGUUAAUUUCAAAUGAGAGUUCAGCUUCGGCAUGAAUUUCAAGGUGAUCAAAUCUGGAGUUGUAUUUGGUUUGGUUGGUAUGGACAGUGAUCUCUGCUUCCUUUUUCACUUUGUAGGCAAGUCUAUCUGUGUUAAAAUUUUGUUUCCUUUUGUUACUUACCGGGUGGUGUUUUAAAUUUCAUACUGGAUGGUUUAUGUAAUGACAGAUUAGUCAUUAGUGCCUUUUCUUAUCAUUUACUGCUUAUUUA